UGAUCAUAAAGAAUUUAACACUACCAAAACGAAAGAUUAAGUUAUAACUCAAUAUGAAGCCAAUACUUCUCAAAGCUGGUAUACCAAUAGCAUUCUCAUUUGCCGGUUUCAUCUUGUCAAUGAUGACAACUAGAAAAAGAAUACAUUCUAAGAGUUCUUCAUCACAAACCGAAGAUUAAACAGGUUCUGAUUUUACUAAUUCAGAACAAGAACAAGUAAUGCCGAAUACCCACCUUCUCGAUUCAUUAGUAAGUUUGCAGCUUCAAGAUAGACCGCAAUUAGAAGAAGAAAUAUUAGGCUUGAAACAUUUGGUUAGUUCGUUUCAGAACCGGGAGUUGGAGCUCAAAAGGCGGUUUAUUCGGUACUGUGGAUUAAAAGAGCAGGAAUUAAAAGUUAGUCAAUUACAGAACUUGUUAGAAUUGGAGCUUGCUCAUGUUGAGUUCUAUAAGUUGAUGGUUGAGUUUAUUGAAUCAGAGAACAAGCGGUUUGGAGAUAUGGUUGUUGAGUACCUUCAAAUUGCUGGGAGACUAGAGUCUGCAAAUACGAAAAACUGUUCACUUGAAAUGAAAGUAAAGAAGCUGUUGAGUGCAAGCAGGAAAUAUGCUCAUGCUGCAAGCAAGCAGGCAUUGACGCUACGAGCCAAGGAAGCUGAGGUUUCGAGAAAUCAAGAAAAGUUGGAACAAAAGGACAGUAUGAUAAAUGAUUUGGAAAAUGAAAUUCAGGAGCUAAAACAAAUUCUUGAUCGAUUAGAGGAUGAGAAGAGCACCUUGACAGAUUGGAGUUGGCAGAAUCAGAGAAGAGCUCCUUGACAGAAAGAUUGGAGUUGGCAGGAUCAGAGAAAAGCACCUUGACAGAAAAAUUGGAGUUGGCAGAAUCAGAGAAGAGCACCUUGACUGAGAAAUUAGAGUUGGCAGAAUUAGAGAAGACCAGCUUGACAGAGAAAUCAGAGUUGGCAGAAAUCUGUGCCUCAUCAAUCCCAAAGAUUACGGAGGUGUCAGCUACAAAACAUCAUGAAGACCAAUUGCUAACUGAACUAGAACGACUUCGAAACCUAGGAUGGACUAGUUCGGUGAAGAAUCAAGUACUGGAAAGCCAUGAACAAGAGGAAAAACAUAAUCCAUUAGAAUUGAACUUCAAUCAGAAAAAUGAAGAGAAUUAUCAUAACGCAGGUUAUGAUUCCGACAAUUAUUCUAUAGAUACUGCAAAUGAUGAGUCAUGUACACAUAUAAGCACUGAUAUGAAUUUCCAAAGAAAGCCAAAACUACUAAAGAAGUUGAAACGAUGGAUGAUAGGGCAUGAGAAAACAAGCAAAGGAUAUUCACCAACAUGUAAUGAAGAAGGAGAAGAUUAUCAAAAUAAAUGUUUUGGUCGACAUUCUGUUUCAUACGAAGCUAGUGAACAACAUGUUGCAGGGAGGAAAUCAUGCUCAAGUUUAUAACAUACAUGGAUUUUCUUUCAUUCUAAAUCUUGCUAACAAAACUGUAAAUUUCUUAUAAUUUGUGUGUGUAAAUGUGUUAUUGUAGUUCAUGAACUUCAAGCUUCUUAUUAUCUGGCUGAUGAUCUGAACUACAUAUAGAUUUUCAAUAAAUAAACAUAAUACAAAGUAACGCAUCGAAAAUG